CUGUUUAAUGUUUUUUGAUUGUUUCCACAUUUAUUUUCAUGGGAUUGGUUGGAGUAGAAUAGACAAGUAACUAUUAAGAGUUGACAUGAAAGCAGUUGCAGGUCCUAUUUCCGUUUGUAGACAGACACAAGAAUAGUACCCGAGUCGCUUAAAACCCUCGCCUUAAACUUUCUCUUCGACCCGACCACUUUUGCUCCUCCAUCGUCACUUUUGCUUCCCAUCUUCGCCCCCUCCAACUCCCCUCCCGCCUCCUCCGCGUCCCGGCAUGCCGGAUCCCGCCCUCACAGACCGUCUCCGCCCUCCGCAUUCACACCCGUCCCGGCCCCGGCGUCUCUCCUCCUCCUCCGUCCCUCCCAUCUUCCCCGCCGACCCCAACAGGCCCCUCCUCCCAGUCAACGUCCUCUCCCUCGUCCUCUCCUUCCUCCCCCUCCCCGACUACCUCGCCUCUGCCGCCGUCUGCCGCGCCUUCCGCCAAAUUAUCUAUGACGACCAAAACUGGGUCUACCGCCUCUCCCGCAUCGGCGUCUGGGAUCCCGUCACUGCCGCCGAAUUUGCCGCAAGCGACGACAAACGCGCCUCUGCCAAAGGGCUCAUUCUCCGUGAUCUCGCCUCCAUACAAAUAACCCCCCUCAAUGUCCUCUCCACCGUCCACUCCAUCCCCGGAUAUGCCCGCCACGAGUACGCGCGCGUGCAUCGCCUUCUCUGGCCUCUCUUCCGCGACCUCACUGAUCCCGCCCACUCCCUCCACAGCACAGAACCCAAGAUAUUUCGCAUCUACCGCUUACCUGAGCUGCAAGCAUCUGCCCUCAGAGUCCUCCUGCAGUUUUCAAACGCCGUCCUCGACGACGACGCUGACGACCGCCGCCUGCGUUUGCAGGGCAUCGUCGAAAUUUUUGAAAAUGCCGCAAUCACCGAGCUCGAGUCCGCCCUCGACGCUGCCGACUACGACGGCAAGGCUCGCCGCUACGCAAACGUCCUCAUCAGUCUCAACGGCGGCAGCACGGCCAUCCAAGCUUACCUUCAGCGAAGCAAGCUCCUUCUCACAACCGCCUCUCCCAGUACCUCCGGCUGCUUCCAACUAGAUCCCAAAAGUGGCCUCAUCAGAGUCGACCUCUCCCCCGUUGACACCUACUUCACUCAACUCCGACAAUCUGUGCUCGAAGAAGAAUCCGUCACUCGUGCCGUCUUCGGCGCCCACCCCGACGUCGCAGACAAAACCACCCUCUUGCUCGUCGAGCGUCUCAUCGAAGACGUGCUUGGCGACUACUGCUCCGCUCUUGUUGAUCGCUCUCACACUACCGGAAACAACGACGUUUACCUGCAAGUUGUUUCUGGCCUGUACGAGGCUCUCUUGGAUUUUGCCUACAAACUUCUCCUCAAGGAUCCCGAAGACGACUCCUCGAACGACAAAGAGGCUCGAGAGGCACUCCGGCCGUUUCAUAUAAAAGUACAAGAGAUCGUCGACAGAGUCUAUGAGCAGCACGUCGACUUAUAUCUCCAAGAAGAGCUUGACCGGUUUCGAGAGAAAUGCAACGUCGAGCUCGACCGCUUCGAGCGCGUCGCUAGCCAGCAAGAGCGGGAAAAGGAGACGAUUCUGAGGAACAAAUACAAAGAAAUUGCAGCUCUGGAAGGCGGCACUGGCGCGGAAAAAUUCGACUUCCUCACCUCCUUCAAAAAAGUAUUGCUCAUGCCCGUCGUCGCCAUCGGAAAUUCGCCCGUCAUGGGCUCUUCUUCCAUCUCUUCUCGCGCUUCUUCUUCCUUCCGUGACGACCAAUCCGAGAAACACUCAACAACCUCACCCUCUGCCACCCUCUCUGUCCCGAACAAUCCAGCCGGUGACAACGGCAAGUAUCCGAUGCCCGCCGCAGAGCUGGCCGUCAAUGCGGCAAUUCUGAAUUCUCGGCUAGAAUCGAUCAAAACCCUCUUCUCGCUCGAGGUCGCCCUCGACCUCAUCCAAGCGGCCCGCGAAAGUAUAGAACGCACCGCGCUAUUUGUCAUGUUCGAGGGUAGAACCGGAGAAGAGGCUAAAGAGCAAUGCGAACUUAUAUUCGUCGCCCUCCUAGAGUCUCUCGGAUUCAGGCAUAUCCAAAAUGGUUUCGACCGCGCGCUUCGACACUUGACUGACUACCGGCCUCCGGCAGUGACUGAUACCACUGAUGAAAUCGAAGACGAGUCUGCACUCCCGGCCUCUGAGAUUCAAAAACGUGCCGAAAACGUCGAGCCUCUGGUCACUUUUCUUGAACUUGUCAACGUCGGCGAUCUGAUUCAGCAAAUGGUUGACGUGUUUUACGAGAAGGAGCUCGUCUCUCGCCGAUUUGUUGACCGGACUGAUUUCCUCAGUCAAGCAGUCAAGGAGAAGCGGAAGUUUGAGCAGAUGCUUGACGAGCGCGUCGCACUUGGUCUCAACCGAGGAAUAGACGUCUUGAUCGAACAGGUCGAGUAUAUUCUGGCUAGCGAGCAGAAACCGAACGAGUUCAACGACGAUCAUUUCACUGUCGAAAGUAACGGUAUUGGUGGAUAUAAUGUGACGUCUGACGCCCCAUACGGAAAGCGGUUCAUGGACUCGAGAAUGGGUCCCACCGAUGCGGCAGUCAAAGUCGUAAAAACGGUGUCGAUGCACACAAAGUUGCUUAACGGGAGCACUGAUAAGAACACGCUUGACGUGUUCUUGGGUGAGGUCGGUCUUCGUCUCUACAACUCGAUCGGAAAACACAUCAAGAGGCAGACCAUCUCUGUCGAUGGAGGUGCAAUGCUGUUGAUCUCAGAUCUGAACUACUACUACAGUUUCGUGGACAAGACUCUCCGCCAGCGCCCUCUACUCGACUACUUUGCCGCGUUGAGAGAAAUUGCCCAGCUCUAUCUCAUCGACUCCAGCCACUCUCGUGAUAUAGGCCAGGUGAUGACCGAUGUCGUUCAGAGAUUUGCUGGUAUUGUGACUGCCGAGGAUGUGUUGGAGUAUGUUCAGCGCCGAGCGGACUGGCUGCUUGUGAAGAAGGCUGUCGAAAAGGCGGUCUACGGACUCGGACUUACUGAUUGCGUAGUAAUGUGAAUAUCGUGAACGAGAGCGAAGACUGACCAGAAGAGUGAUCAUGUAUCUAUUGUCAUAUAUCGGAUGUUUUGCUGUUUGUUUGCUUUGCUUAUUCUCUUCUGUAGCAUACAAUGGGUUUG